UCUCUCAAAAACCCUAGAACCUCAACCUGGCGGCAACUCCGUUAUAAAUUCUCUUCAAAAUCUCCUCUUUCUGCCUCUUUCAAAGCCUCCUGCCUGCUUUCCUCUCUUUCUCUCUCUACAAAACCCUAGUUUCUCUCUCCUCAGCUUCCAUGGAGUUUUGGGGUGUUGAAGUCAAAGCUGGACAACCCCUUAAGGUCACACCUCAGCUUGGCAAAGUCAUACAUAUUUCCCAGGGAGCAUUGGGUGAGGGAAAGAAGGAAAAAGGAAAUGACCUUAUCCCACUCCGUGUGAAGAUUAAUGGUGAGAAGUUCGUCGUGGGAUCACUUUCUGCGGAGAAUUUUCCUCAAGUUGCAUUUGAUUUGGUGUUUGAGAAAGAUUUUGAGCUGUCACAUGACUGGAAAAAUGGAAGUGUCUACUUUUGUGGAUAUUCAGCAGACAAUCCUUUUGUUGAUGAUGAUGAAUUUGAAUCGGAUGAUUCAAGUGAUGAUGAAGAUAUCCCUCUACCCUUGACUGAGAAUGGGAAAAUUGAAUCUAAGGUGGAGGAAGUGAAACCAGAUGCAAGUAAAGGUAAAACUGCUAAACCUGAAUCUUCUGCUAAGCCAAAGGUGACUGUUGUGGAGCCAAAAAAAGAUGAUGAGUCUGAUGAUGAUGAUUCAGAUGAUUCGUUUGAGGAUGACUCAGAUGAUGAGGACAUGAUGGGUGCUUCAGAUGACAUUGGUGAUUCGGACGAUGAUGACACUGAGGAUGAUGACUCAGAGGACGAAGAUGAUGAGACACCUAAGAAGGCUGGGCCUGCCAAGAAGAGAGCCACCGAAUCUGCAACAAAAACACCUGUGCCCGCUAAAAAGGCAAAAUUAGAUACACCUCAGAAGACAGGUGGUGGUAAGAAAGGUGGUGGUCACACAGCAACUCCCCACCCUUCAAAACAGGUUGGGAAAACUAAUGCCACCGCUAAUAGCAACAAGUCCAAUGAGAAGUCCCCAAAGUCUGAGGCUAAAGUUUCUUGCAAAUCCUGUAGCAAGACAUUCAACUCGGACAAUGCCCUACAAUCUCAUACAAAGGCCAAGCAUGAUGGCAAAUAGGAAAUUUAUUUUUGGUUGAGAGUAUGAUGUGAAGACGGGGGAGGGCUUUGUGCUUCGUGUUGGUAGGAUUUUCUGCACAGGACAAAACAAUUGGUUGGCCUUGUCUUUUAUGAUAUUAUCUGUCAAUGUUUUACAAUCUGGUAGAACCGUAAAUUACUGAAUACUAUUUCUCUUUUUCCAGUUUUGUAAGUUUUGGAAGUUCUAUGAAAUGAUGUUACCUUGGAUUAUAGUCACCAGUUAUCUAUCAUAUGAGUGUUCUGUUAUGUUUCA